AUCCCUAAUUUGUUGUUUACUUUCAGCUGGGUUUUUUUCUUUUCCUUAAUUUCCAAGAAUCGUCUCUCUAUCUCUUCUCUCUAUUCUCUCUAUUCUCCAAUUCCCAAAUUUCUAAAAGAAGAAGAAGAAGAAGCAACGAUGUGGUUGGAGAUCAUCUGCGGUCUCGUCAUCUACCAACUCGUCCGCCGUUUCUUCUCCGACGACGAGUUCUCCGACGUCGAGACUUCCGAUUCCACUGCUCUCUUCUCCGUUGCUCACAGACUCGAGAAGCUUUAUGGUGGAAAAGCUUAUGUAGGGCUUCGGAUUCCAGAUUCAGACACUGCUUCUAGACAGGACAUUGACGUUGUUCUCGUCACUACUAAAGGAGAAGUGUUAGUGGUCGCUGUGAGGAAUCUAUCUGGGAUUGUUACGGUAACGAGUGAUGGUAGCUGGGUUUGUGAAGGUGGCAAGCAUCAUACAACCGAGACUUACCCUGACCCUCUGGCUCAAGUCAAGAAACAAGCUUCAGUUCUUGAAUCAUAUCUUGAACAGAGGGGUGUUACUUUACUAGAAGGAAAUGUGUCUUGCAAAGUUGUGAUUCCUAAUCCAAGUUUCCGUACAAUUCAUGCAUUCCCGAGUGAGGUAAUUACCUAUGAAGAGUGGCAACACCUGAAACCAGUAUCAAGAGGCAAACUUUCUGGUUGGGUUAAAGGCGCAUUCAGCACAGGAAAAGAGAUGCAGGAAUCGUCGCAUCAAAAACUUAAUUUCAUCCUUGGCACGGCACCAAUGUGGGAUAGAGUGGAGCUUAAAAGUAGCAAAAUUGUGUUAGGGGAGUUCCUCGAGUUUAAAGGAAAGCAGGAAGAUACCCUGGCUUUAAGAAAUAUCAAAAGAUCAAAAGUCGACCAUGUCUCUAUUCAGAAAACAAGCAUGUUUGGAUUAGCUCCUUCGAGGUUGCAGGUUCUGUACUCGUAUAGGGACUAUAGAAGUGAAGGCAGUUCAGGGGCAGAGUCUAAAGAAGUUACCGUCCGGUCGAGCACUGAGGCUCUGUUUCAGCCACGAGGCUCCACAAAGAUGAAGAAGUUCAAGCUAUCGUCUCUCGUCUCCAUUUCACUAAGUGCCUAACUAUGAAGUGAGUUUUAUAUUAUGCAGCAGCGGAAGGUUGUGUCAAUAUCUACUAUGUUAAUUACAUUGUCCAUGACCGAAUUAAGCUUAUUAUUCACAAGAGUAUCAUCAACCUUUGUAUGUCUUCUUAUAUUACAAUCUACAAAGCCUCACAUGAAACGCUUCAUUUAUUGGAAACUUGGUGGUGUUCAGGGCAUUAUUAACUCCAAAAAGAAUAUUAGAAUAACAAGAAACAACGACAAAUCAUCUUAAUAAGUAACCCUGCUUCUAUACAGAAUCUUGCAGAUAAUAAAUGAAAUGUUCUUUCUUUGCAGUACGCUAAAACUCACAACAAAAACAAUUCAAGAA